AUGGCUAAACGAGAGGACGGUAGCCCAUGGUGGGCUGACUUUCCGGAGCCAAGAUCAAUUGCCACUGUCGUUUACCCCGACGAAGUUCUUCGGCUGCUUCAGAGACAUGCAAGCCUUGCCGAAGGAUCAAAAGAUUUCCUCCUGGUAGAUGCACGCCGCAGCGACUGCAAGGGAGGCACUGUUCGGGGUGCCAUCAAUCUCCCGGCUCAAAGUUUCUACGCGACACGCAAAGCCCUGCACGACUUGUGCAAGCAGGCCGGAAUCAAGAAGGUCAUCUUCUAUUGCGGCUCUUCCCUCGGCCGCGGUCCUCGUUGCGCUGCGUGCUUGCAGGAUUAUGUCACCGAAAUCGGAGGCGACUUCGAAUCCCAGGUGAUGGCGGGAGGAAUCCGAGGUUGGGUGCAAGCCUACGGCGGCAGCAUGAUGGACGGCUAUGAUGCGACGGCGUGGCAGGGGGAGACCAGGUAG